UUAACAAGUUCAUUGAUAAAUGUAAACGUUUUUAAACGUGCUUAAACAAAUUUUGCUAAAACAUUCUAGAAUUUUGUAUAAAAAUGGUUUUAAAUUUACAAUAUUUAUGUAAUUUUAAUCAACAAAUAGAUAUAAAAGAUGUGUGUAAUGAAUCAUUAAAACGUGUUUGGACGGGCGAAUGGAAGGUUUCAGAUUUGCAGGAGUUGUUGGUGAAAUGGUUGGCUUGUAAAGAUUCUUUAAAUGAAUUAACUGCUGCAGAAAUUGAAGAUUUAUUAGCAUUUGCUGUGGAAUUAUUGUUUGUAUUUGCUCAAUAUAAUUUUACCGGCCCCUUUGAUGAUCUGCCAGAAUUCGAGCAAUUUGUGAAAGAAAGUUUGUCCUUUGUGGCUGAUCCUUUUGAGGAGUUGAAAGAGAAUGGUGAAGAAAUUAAUCCUAAUGUAGUGUUGGGUGAAUUUUUGUUAGUGGCCAAGGAUAUUUUAAAGAAAUUGUUGAAUAGUCAGCAGGAGUCGGUGGUCCUUCGCUGGUGGCACUUACGCUAUUUAUGCCUUCAUCAACACUGUAUCGAUGAGUUAACCGCCAAUCUGUGGGAGCAAGUUAAACAAGAAUCCGAUUGGCUGCUAAAACAUCUUUCGCAAUUGGAUAAUAAAGAAUAUGAGGCUUUAAUGUAUCUAGAAAUAGCCAAUGCCUAUUUGCAAUAUCAUCGCGGAGAAAAAUGCAAUGAAAUUUUAGACAAUCUAUGUGAUCAUUUGAAAGUACAACUUAAUGUUGAGGGUAUAUUGGGAGUACGCACAAAAUUCCAGCAGAAAGCUCUUCCACAACUUUGUCUAAAGGUUGAACAAACCGAAAACAAUCAACUGCCGGCUGCCAAACUUUCCAAUGGCAAUAUAGAGAUACCCAAACUCUUGUUGUUGGAAGAUGAUACACGUUUGGAGAGAAUACGUUUUAUGGAGGAAAAGGAUAAUGAGGUAAUGACCAUACCCAGUGUUUUGCAGGCCAUGGUCUUAACAAAAGUGCGCCAAUUGAAACGUUCCCAACCCAAAGAUCGUUUGGCCGAUGAGGAAUUGGAACCAUAUACGCAAACUUUGUUGUAUCAAGAACACGGACCUUUGCAAGUCAGACAGUCUGCUUUACUGCUAAAUUGUGUGCAAGAGUCCAAUCAUCGUCGUACGGUUGAGCGCAGUUGGAAACAAUGUGAAGAGGCUGUAAAAUUACUUUCCGAACGCAGUUACUCUGUAAAAGAUCGCUUUUCUUAUGCCUUUGCUGCCUUUUUACAACCCAAAUGGCAGGUUCAAGCCCAGCUUUGUGAAUUAUUGAUGUCUUUGGGCAUGAUUAAAUCAGCCUUGGAUAUUUAUCUGAAAAUUCAAAACUGGGAACAAGUGAUACAUUGCUAUACCGCUUUGGAUUUACGCCACAAAGCUGCUGAAAUCAUACAACAAGAGCUAAACAAAAAGCCUACUGUUUUGCUGUACUGUUUGCUGGGUAAUGCCACCGAUAAUCCCGAUUGCUAUGCCACAGCCUGGGAGUUCUCUAAGCAAACCAGCGGCAAGGCCAAAGCAUUUUGGGGUAAUUAUCUAUUUGCCCAUAAGAAAUAUGAGGAAGCCAUACCCCAUUAUGAAAAAUCAGUGGAAAUUAACUCAUUGCAAGAAAGCAUAUGGUUGCGUUUGGGUUAUUGUGCCAUAAUAUUGGAGAAAUGGGAAUUGGCUGUACAUGCUUAUAUAACAUACACCCACUUAGAACCUUUUGGUUUUGAGUCUUGGAAUAAUUUGGCCAAGGCCCUAAUAAAACUGGGCGACAAGAAAAGAGCCCAUAAGGUUUUAAACGAAUCUUUAAAGUGCAACUAUACUAGCUGGAAGGUGUGGGAAAACUUUAUGGUGGUAUCGGUGGAUACGGGUCAUUUUGAAGAUGCCAUGAAUGCCUACAACAGACUGUCCGAAUUAAAAACUCAUUACCUGGACUUGGAAGUAUUGUGUGUUACAAUAACAGCCAUAGCCGAAGGCAAACCAGAUGCCAAGGGUCAGACACCAGAACGUUUACUGAAAAAAGCCACUACUCUAAUGGGUCAUCAGUGCAUUAAACAUGGCUCCGAGCCUAAAGUAUGGGAAUUGGCAGCCUUAUUGGCUCCCACACCUUUAAAGAAGGGCGAGAAACUGGUGAAAGCUUUUAGAUCCUAUACCGCCAAGGAAUUAGUUUGGGCCACUAAACAGCCUUUUGCUCAAAAAGCUUUAGAGUUGUGUGAGGAAUUAAGUAAAAGAUCUUUGGAGGCCAUUAACAAUCACAGCGAAGAUGAAAGUGAAGUAAUGAUAACUUCCCAAUUAAAUUCGGCCCGCUUGGCCGAUCAAGCCUGCAUAAGAGCUAUUGAAAAGGAAACCACACAAUUUCCCGAAAAUGAAGAAUUAUUGCAAAGGGUAAAAUUAAUGCUGGAGGAAAUGACAACGCUUGUUAAACAAAGAAUGGGAGUGUAAUGGAAAGUUAAAUAAACUUACAAGUGUUUGUGAUAAGUUAACAAACUAAGAAA